GUAGACUUAAUUCAUGCCAAAAAUUGUAAAGCGUUCUGGGAAUCUUCUCCGUCUUGCAUUGACUCUUCAUUCGUCGUGAUCAAGUCAAAGGUAAGGAUCCUUCCAAAGACUUAACUUACGAUGACUAGUACAAGAAAAACUGCAAUGAAACAGCGAGGUUCAUCCGAACAAAUCGCUUCGAGGCCAGUGUUACGCUUGAUUUGUAUAUUAGGGCCAUUUAUACGAAGAAAAAUAAGACGCGAACUGUACCAUUUAUACGAGCAUGUCUUAUCUAAUACAUGUAAGACGCGUCUUAGCUAAGCCGCGUGACGAAAUGUGCCGUUUAUACGGACAGUUCGCGUCUUAUUUGAGACGCGUCUUAUGUAAGACGCGUCUUAUUUUUCCUCGUAUAAAUGGACCUAAUAUCACAAUGAUUUUGGAAUUAAGUUAAACGAUCUGAAAGAAACAGAACUAGUUUAUGCUUAAGUUGUCUCUGCAGGAAACAAAUCGAAUUUCAUCUGUGAAGAACUAUAGGAAUUAAAUCAAAUGGAUAUGAGGCUCCACGUUUCACUCAGUUAAAUUCGACACAUUUGCAUUAAAUGCGACUCUAAUAUAAUGCAUAAUGCAGCAUCUUCGACUGAGGCCCGGUUUAAACGUGGAUUUUCAUAUGUGCAGACUCAAUAAAGUCGGGAAUUGAAUGCAUAUGAAGUUCGACGUUUUUCUCACCUAAAUUCGACAGAUUUGAAUUAAACAUACGGCGACUUUUGUCGUAUGUAACUCCAACUUAACAUGAAACGAACUGAAUACAUAAUUAAUUAUGUGCAGCUAUUUUUUUUAAUAUUAACAUCACUUGUGGUUGUAGCCUCCCCGCAGACGUCCGUUGGGGAUCGGUUGUCACGCAUUCAUUUCUCCCCCGUGGGGGAGAAAUGAAUGCGUGACAACCGAACCCCAACGGACGUCUGCGGGGAGGCUAUUGUGGUUGGCUACCUAUUAAUUAUCUAUGAUUUACAAGUGUGACCAAGUACAGACAACAAAGCACUGUCCCUCACGGUCCUCACGGACCGUACGGAUCGAACGAACCGUAAAGCAUCGUCCCAGGGGGGGUACUCGGGAUUUCAAGUGACGGGGAUGAUCGAAGGAUUUUUGGGGGUUUGAAAUUUUCGAUUCCGGUAUUUUUUUGGGUACGAAAAUUUGGCAAGUAUUUUUUUGAGUAGCUUGAUUUGAGUAGAGAUUUUUUGGGGGUAUUAAAAGGAAUCGGUUGUGCCCUGGCUGCGUAGUUCUGCGAAUAAAGUACAAACAAACGUGUUUUGCUGUUGUUUAAAUUUCCAAUGUUUUUCUUUGUGUUAUGCAUUUGAGAGCUUUUUAAAGAGCCCGUUAACGUGGCCCGAACAUAUUUAUAUGUGUUUUACCCCUUUCUGGAACUUUUAAGGGCCACAAAAUCGGCAUGGGAUUUUUUGGGGGUUAAAUUUUGGUCCAGGGAUUUUGUUGGGUUUUUCUGAAAGCCCUAGGGAUUUUUUUGGGUCUUGACUUUUGGCUCCAUUCGAUCAUCCCCGUCACUUGAAAUCCCGAGUACCCCCCCUGAGCGCAUUGUGCCCUCAUGUAAUAAUGAGUUGCACGUUCCGUAUGUGCUCAGCAUACGGACCGUGAGUAAUAGUGCCGGUGUGUGCAGAACGUACGGUCCGUUAACUGCUCCAAAUGCUGCAUAAUUUAAGAAUUCAAAUUUGAUCACAUUCAUGGACAUCGAUCACAUUCAACAAUCACCUUAAAAGUCAACAAAUCCCAAUAUGCUUUGCCGUUCAUGGCCCCUCUUCAAAUCCAAGCGGCCUUUUGAAAAACAAACUACACCACGUUUAGUUAAUUACUUAUGCCUAUCUAUGGACAAGAUAUGAGCGAAAAUGAUUUUUUGACUGUGGCCGCUAAAUUUCGAUGUUGCUCGAUUUGUACAGACAUUUGCUCUUAAAAAUGACGUUUUACUGCAUUCUUUGUUUUUGAAAUCGUUUCAAAGUGACUUUUACCGGGAAGGAAAUGAGUGGAAUGGCAUUUCAGUCUCCCAGACAAGUGGCAUCCAAGGUUAACUAAAAUAACAUCUCGUAGAAGUAGCUAUAGGUUCAGAAUGUUGUAGAGUGUUUUCAGUCAUCGGGCGAACCGACUUAAGCUCUAGCGAACGCCUUCGGCCGAAUCGACUUUCGAGCUAAACGCCCGCAAUUCGAGUAGUAUAAUAUAUAUAGCCGUUGUGACUUAAAUACGUUGUCUUCCCGUGCCCUUCAACCAGGUAUGGUUUUCAAAGUUUUCGCAUUCAACGGGAUAUACAUAUUCUUUCUUAAAAGCGUCUUGAACAGGGUAUUUGUGUGGUGUUUUUUAAGCGGAUUCCCUGCUAGACCGACCCAUUGACUUGGCGGUUUUUUCCUGUGUGGUAAUAGAGAUUCCGGCCAUAGCCUGUGCCAGGCGUUCAGAUAAUAGAGCGUGGCGAAAAAUGACGAGAAAUUUCUGUUUUUGAAAUCUUUUCAAAUUGUCUAUAACCGGACAGGAAACAAAGGAAAUCAUUUAAUUUCCAUUUGCAAAUUACAAAUAAUCCAAGCAUCCAAGCAUGUCUUGGAUUCCCUUCAAUGAAUAGAAAAUUAGCUCACUUAAUUGCAUGUUCCAAAAAUGACUCGACGUUUUCCCUGAAACUUCCCUUUUUCCCUUCCUCCCUAUCCCCUACCCCUUUCGACGCCUGCUACGCAGGCCAGAUGUGAUGAAAGUGAAUGCCAUCGUCCCACUUGAGUGAAUCAUCACAAGUGUAAUAUUCCGCCUCGAGUAACGGUCUUUGUGAUGCUGAUUUGUAUACUUUAUUGUGCGUAAGAUUACUGAAAAUUCCCAAGAGGCGGACGAACAAAAAGCGAACGGACGCAACAACUCCCAUCACUGUUGGCCACCAGCCCUGUUGGCCACAAUGUUGCGAGUCCGCGUGGUCUAUAGCCUGCGAACAGCAGACGCAUUUCCGGUCUUUCGGAGGGAAGGAAGCGACGACCGGAAAUGCGUCUGUUGUUCGCAGGCUACGUGGUCUAAAGCUAGAGCACAGGGUCCAGAGGAGUUUGGUGUGAAUAAAUGAAUUACUUAUUUAACGUCUCACCUUGAAAAAUGUCUAUACCUAUCGCUUAGCACGAUUAAUUAGCCCAAUGGGACCUUUAUAAAUCUACUGUAAACGAUUUCUUCGCUUCCUAUCUGACCCAGAUCACCCAGAUCGACUUUUGAAAAUCAAUAACCGCAAGCCAUAUCCUCGCUGGCGCACGGCACGCCGCCCGAAGGGUGACCGGAGGCCGUCGCCCAAAGGGCGACCGAGGCACGAAGUACCGAGUAAAAGAAAGGACAAGGGAGGCAACUUGUACCACGUGACUUCGUUCGCUGUGAACCGCAUCACUCGGUGACGGAAGUGAAUGAGACCGGAAACGCAAAAGCAACAGACCGCUGCUAAUUAGAGAAUCAAAACAUCAGCUGCGGAGAGAGUUUUAAAGAUCUCAGAGAUCUAUGCGAGGGCAACAGAGUUUUAAUUGAACUGAAGAUCUUUCAAUUGCAAGACUGGACAUUUGUUGUAGGUGUCAACAGUCUUCGAUGUCUUAAACAGGUUUUGCUCUUGCGAAGGCUUCCUAGUAGUCAGAGAACGCACAGCCAAAGACGCAAGAGGUAAUAUAGUUGGGACCACCGAAGAAUGGUACAGUUGGAUGAUAUUACAGUUGCCUUGUACGUCCGCUCUACUCAGUGUCACGUUUUAUUGCAAGAGUACACACGACCCGUAAAUCUCUAUCCGUAAUAAUUUAACAUUCUCCAAACAAACCUAUCGAGCUGGGCCCAGCGUGAUACAGCAUUGCAGAAAAACAUUAUAUUCACGGACUAAAGAAAAUCGCUUAGUUAUUCACAUCCAGAAGGCUCUUUGGAGAAAAUUGGAACCCUUAUUCAGCCGUAAUAAAAAGCUUUACGCUUCCAAAGAGGUCAAAGAAAAUGCGCUUGCAUCAGAGGGCAAAUCCUCUCGACCAAAAACAAUAACCGCAGUAAAUCGACAUGUGUCAUGACCUCUCAGUGUGAAACAUGCGGCUAAAAUUCGAUAAAAUCCCCGCUUAAAUCACAUUUGCUCAGUGAAAAUGUAGAACCUUCCAGAGCAUAAUCUACCCAGCAGAGGAAAAAAACUUUAUUGGAAUGAGCAACAUUUUGGCAUGAGGCAAAAGUCGUGUAGGCUUCUCUUUUAUUGCUACGAUCUUGAGCACAUUUACUUUACUACGUCAUUUCCGUCACCAUCUGUUGCGGUGCACAGGGAACGAAAGCGCUAUCUCGAAGCCGUAAAUUUCGGUCGCCGAAAAUGAAUUUGAACGCUUUUUUAAGCCGUUUUCCUACAGUAUUUGGCAAAAACAUAAGAAUUCUAGAUCAGGUUAGUAAAAUCAGGCGAUUUCAUUCAAUUCCAUUUGAGUUUCAGGGAUUCGAAAAUCGGCCCCAAAUUUGUUUCCUCCCUUUUCCGUAUUUUAUACUGUAAGCCGAUCUUGCGAGCCCUCAGUCUCUUGGUUUGCAGUCUAUAGAAUGUGUAACGAAACUGUAACGCGAUCAAAAUAACCCAUUUUUCAGAGGUUUUCGACGGGUUUUGAUGUUCUAACGACAAACACAUCUCCUCUAGACCCUGUGGCUAGAGCACACUUUUUUGUUUUAAUUAGAGUUUGUCGAUCUUUUCUCUUAAACAGGUGUCCAGAAGAAGACUUCUGUGCGAACAAACGAUGAUUUUGAGAAGGAAAUUUAAACUUAGAGACGUUCUUAUCACCUGUUUCGUUUUAACGCUCCUAGCCAUAGGGAUGUUCGUCAUUCAUGUUGUUCCAAAAGAGAGAACUUUAAGAUCACUGCGACCCCAGAUCUCAGACAUGGACAGCAACCCAUCCAGCGCAGGAAUCGGGACAACCAAAGCGGCCGCCAAAGAAGCCGUAGAUACCUCAUUAAGUCUAUUUGUCAGGAUGUCUGGUAAAUUGCCAGAUCACAGGCAACGAUAUUACUGUGAUCUGUUCAGGACUACUGUUCUUUACUGGCCUUCUUCGUACGGAAAAAUAGUCUUGGUACUUGACGAAGAAACCGAAGAGGAUCAUAAAUUUGGCGAUAAAAUAAUGGAUCAGACCAAAAGAUACUUUCCUGAUCGCAAGCUUGAAGUCUUAUAUGAGGCUCUUCCAAAAGACAAAAGUACGUUGGAUUUUCCAGGGAUACACAGAAAACCCGGUUACAACAGGCAGCUCUGGAGCAGUUAUUUUAUCGACUUGUAUUCAAAUGACAGCAUUAUUGCCUGGAUGGAUAAUGACGCUGCUUUCAUAACUCCAGUAACGAAAUCUUCCAUUUUUAAUGGCACAAAGUUAAGAACUUUAGGAACAGGUUGUAAAUUGGGUAGGAAUUGGAUAAAGUCUUGGGCACACACAUUGGAACUGGCCCUUGGGUUUCCAAUGGUUGCUAAUUUUAUGUCCUUCUUUCCUGUGUACAUAUAUCGGGACACCUUCACUCACUGUAGAGAGUAUAUACUGAGAAAAUUUAAGACGCGUAACUUUGAUGAGGUCUUCAAGAAGUUAAUCCACGUCCCGCACUCUCCAGUCUGCGUUGUGCUCAGUUAUGCGUGGUACUUUGAGAGAGACCGCUACGACUGGAAUUUCGAGAUGUGUGAUGACCUGGCGGAAUAUAAUAAGAAGUUUCCAACCAAUCAUACUGUUAGACCAGAACAUGUAGAAACUAUUCUGUCGGAGCCUCAAACAACUUUUCACGUACCAUACGCCCCAUUUCUUUCUUCAAACGUUAUUGUAAGCUACUGCUUGUCACACGAAGCGGCAGGAAAUAAUUUGGAUAUAUGCUCUAAUCGUACAGUUUCACUGAGCGAUAAUUUUGUUCUUUUCAACCACGAUCUUCAGUUCAUUAAAUCUGUGGACGAAACACCGUGUACAGGUAACUAUGCCAAUACAUGUUUGGAGUUACUCAAACGUCAUUAUGACCAAGUUGGUCUUGAGAUUAAACAAGGGCGUAAGGUCGAAUGGAGCAAUGUAAAAACUGUUGAAAAGCUUGCUAGUGAGUUUAACAUUCAAUGUUCGCCAAUGACGUGA